AGGCCAGUGAUGGCGGCGCUGGUGGAGUCGGUGGCGGCGGAGCCGGGCGGCCGAAGCGGCCCUGGCAGAGGUCGAGCCCCUCGGGGCCGCUUGGCCAAUCAGAUCCCUCCUGAGAUCCUGAACAACUCCCAGCUGCAGGCAGCCAUUCAAGUCCUGCCUUCCAACUAUAACUUUGAGAUUCCCAAGACCAUCUGGAGGAUUCAACAGGCCGGGGCCAAGAAGGUGGCCUUGCAAAUGCCUGAAGGCCUUCUCCUCUUUGCCUGCACCAUUGUGGAUAUCUUGGAAAGGUUCACAGAGGCCGAAGCGAUGGUGAUGGGUGAUGUGACGUAUGGGGCCUGCUGUGUGGAUGACUUUACUGCGAGGGCCCUGGGAGCGGACUUCCUGGUGCACUAUGGUCACAGCUGCCUGGUUCCCAUGGACACCUCGGUCCAAGACUUCCGGGUGCUGUACGUCUUUGUGGACAUCCGGAUAGAUACUACCCACUUCCUGGAGUCUAUCCGCCUCACCUUCCCCCCAGCCAGCUCCCUUGCCUUGGUCAGCACCAUUCAGUUUGUGUCCACCUUGCAGGCAGCUGCCCAGGAGCUGAAAGCGGAGUAUCGUGUGAGUGUCCCACAGUGCAAGCCCCUGUCCCCCGGGGAGAUUCUGGGCUGCACGUCCCCCCACCUGCCCAAAGAGGUGCAGGCUGUUGUGUAUCUUGGAGACGGCCGCUUCCAUCUUGAGUCUGUCAUGAUUGCUAACCCCGAUGUCCCCACUUACCGAUAUGACCCAUACAGCAAAGUCCUAUCCAGAGAGCACUAUGACCACCAGCGCAUGCAGGCCAACCGCCAAGAAGCCAUAGCCACAGCCCGUUCAGCUAAAUCCUGGGGCCUUAUCCUGGGUACUCUGGGCCGCCAGGGCAGCCCCAAGAUUUUGGAGCAUCUGGAAUCUCGGCUCCAAGCCUUAGGACUUCCGUUCAUGAGACUGCUGCUCUCUGAGAUCUUCCCCAGCAAGCUUAGCCUGUUUCCUGAGGUGGAUGUGUGGGUGCAGGUGGCAUGUCCACGCCUUUCCAUUGACUGGGGCACAGCAUUCCCCAAGCCGCUGCUUACACCCUAUGAGGCAGUGGUGGCCCUGAGGGACAUUUCUUGGCAGCAGCCGUACCCCAUGGACUUCUAUGCUGGCAGCUCCUUGGGGCCCUGGACAGUGAACCACGGACGGAACCGGCCCCCCCAUGCCCUGGGCGGGCCAGCGCAGGAGAAGGUGCGAAUGCAGGAGGAGCCCACGCGCCCCACUCCAGCCGCGGCUUGCGACGAUUGCAGCUGCAGAGAAGAAAAGAGAGCGCCGCUCGUCCUGUGAGACCCUGCUAGGUCUCAGAGCCCUGCCUUCCGGAGGAGCAGCCUCGAGGCUGGUGGUUUUCAGAACAGGACGCAGACGUUUUCAACGCCCUGAGCCACCCCAC